UAUUGGCCGUGUACAGUACGGUACCAAGUCGGGUGGAAUACACACGCACAGCAGAAUCGGUAAACGCCGUUCUAAGUAUUGUCAACAAGGUCUCACUUGGAUAGGAUUCGGUCCAUAAUAUACAUCGUAAAACACCGAGGGAAAUAUUAGAAGCCUAUCAGAAGUAUAUAUACAUAGUGUUGGAUUGUCUCCAAGGGCUUACAGGGUUUCAACCCACCAAAACACCGUUCCUAUAGGAAGUAUUCAUGAAAAGUGUCAGAAAUGGACAACAUGUUCUCACAGUACUACCAGCAGACGACAUACAAAAAUGAUUACAAGAAGUCCCCCCGCGGACAACCAACCUACGGCGACUCCUCCCCACGGGGCGGGUACUACUCGGACGCACCACGUGGGGAUCAACGGCACUUCAGAGAGGCACCGAGGGAACAUAUAGACCGUAGGUACGAAGAAGGCCCUCCUAGACAGCAAAUACAACCAGGCGAGACAUUAUUUGUUGAACCAAACCGAUCCCCACAUCACUCUCCGAGGUCACCACGCAGGGGUUAUGAUGGAUUCUCCCCAGCUCCUGCAGGACCACCCAUCAACCCGAGGGGUUACCAAUACUAUGACAGGAGCCGAGAGGAUCUUCCUCCAUUUAACACAUAUGCAAUCAACAGUACCACCCAACACGACUAUGGUGACUUUAGUGCUAAAACUACACAGAAGGAAUAUGGAAACUUCACACAAAAACAGCAGAUUGUCAACGACAUCAGGGCACGGGCCGACGCGGAACUGGCUCGAAGGUACGAGAAACAAUAUGACGGUCGACCGUAUUUUGAUGAAAAGGAUCCUCCAAGUUUCUACAGAGAUUUACCACUAACAGACCGUCCUGGAUACGAUAUGGGUCGCCGGGCUCCCAAAUAUGAUGAUGGGCCUUUAACGGACCGAUCGGAACGGAAUAGACGACCCCCAUCCCUGGACCACCGGUCCCCGCCACCUCCUCCUAGAAAUGCUUUCGAGGAUAUGUCAAGAGGACAGAUGAAGAAGGAGCUAGAUAGAAUCGAGCUUCAUGACGGCAAUUUCAAACCAUAUUCUCAUCACAACUCAGGAGGAGGGGAGGAGGGAAAUGCCCACGUAGAAAACGAUGUGUCGCAAAAGAAAUACAAUGAAUGUGACAUGGCAGAAAUACCAUGGCAGUUAUUCAUGCCCUAUCACAUGCAGAAUAUACAGCCACAUCAUGACAACCCGAGACCUGUUGCUCACCACCAGCGUUUGUAUGAACAACCUGCUCAGCGCAACUCACAACAUUCUGUGUCGCCGGCGGCAAGCAAUGGUUCAAAGGAACUGCAGAUGGUCUCAGGGCAUAUAGCUCACCAUAAGCGUUUAUACGAGCGUCCUCCGACUAAGCCAGCAAAUGAUGACGGGGUUAAAAGCGAAGUUGUUGAAAACAAGGGACCAGGAGUCCUCUCUCGAUCCAUACCACACCAUGAACAUCGUUAUGAGGAUGACUUGAUGAAGACCUCAAGUCCGAGACGUAGUCAGGAUCCCGGUGUAUUGAUGAGACCAAUAGAAAACCAUGAACAUCGAUUUGAAAACAAUCUGGUUGAGACAAACAAUCCUCGACGCAGCACGGAUCCGGGUAUUUUACCUCGACAAGUUGAACAUUCUGAACACCGAUAUGAAAACAAUAUCAUUGAGACAAACUAUCCGCGACAAAACAAGAUUAUGCACAGGAAAGAGGAUGAUACGUUGUCAGAAGGACUAUUCUACCCGGAUGCGUUACUACGCCCAGAAGAAAAGAGGGUGAAACAAAAGCUUCCAAUGCACGACAUUCAUCGGUUUGAACAAGUUCACAAGACCGACAAUCCAGAACGUAUUUAUGCGGCUUCUAUGCAGGACGUAGAAGGUGCGGGGGUAGGCGUAUUUCUCUUGAUCAGGACAGAUUACGGUGGUUACGAUGACGUCAAAAAAGCAUUCGAACGAUGUUCUGGGGAAACUCCGGAAAGAAAACUCCUCGGAUAUGCAUCAUCAGACAUGAUUGACGUGAAAGAAGGCGGAAAUGGAUGGAAGAGACAAUCUUUGGUAUCACGAUGGAAUGGGAAAAACUUGGAACAGGAGAGACGAGGAGACGUGGAUAAAAUGAUGGUAAUCAACUGGUUCCAAGGACCGAACCAAGCUAGAGAAUGGGUCGACCGGAAUCCUGAGUUCAAACACUCCCACUUACCCAUGCCUUAUGGAAACCAAACAUCGGUCCUGCCUUUGAAAUACCGGCCAUCCUCAGGGUAUCGAACGUUCAUGCUGAUGGAGUUCAACAACAUCUCAAAGAGAAACAUGCAAGAGCUUCACGGAUAUAUCGACUUCAUGUGCAAUGAGUUGAAAAGGUACCGAGCAGACGUUGCAUUCAUCGACACGGCACCAAAGACAUUGAAGUCUUCGCUUUUCUCCCCAAGUUCGCACAUUCUUUGUCAUAUGUUCUGUGACAGAAAGGAAGCCGACCGCUUCUUCAACGAUGUGAUUUCGAGGAGCAGAUUCAAACACGCAGACGUGACGACCAUGGUGUUCCAAUUAGUUGACUUUGAUUAAUGAGCAAGUAGCGCCAUCCCGGUCCUAAGAAACAUUUACAUUCCACAGUGGUGGGACGUUCAACAAUCUGUGAUAUGAAUCCUUCCGGCAGCAAAGGGGAGUCGCCUCUUCCGAAUUAAACCGGAUUGUUUUAAUGUACACACAUCUGUGAUACUCAAAAAGGCAAAUAGUGUAGUUUUGUAUUUUCUGUUUAUCUAUGUUCUGAACUUAAUAUUUAUAUUCAAGUGGUGUAAACUGGCAUCAUUUUAAAGCACUUUAUUUUAAACUAGAUCAGGAUAAUACUAGAUAUAAAUUAGAUAAUCCCACACAUUUCUAUGUAUAUAUUUUAGCUUUUACAUAUAAACAGGAACUUCAUCUAGUGUUUAUAAAACGCGUGAAAUAUCAAAGUUUGAGAAUAUAUGAUAUUUUUGAACAAAUAUAUUUUUACCUUAUUAUAUCGAUAACAACAUCAGAUAUCAGAUUUCCGUGUUAAUCGUAGUAAACAGUAUGUGCUAGGAAAUAACUAAUUUGAACUCGGUUACGGAAUGAUGACGAACAAAUAAAAUUUUGUUGUAUCAAGGCCUAAGGUUAGUUACUGUUCUGUCUUUCAAAUAUAGAAGCACUGUUUUUUACGAAUGUAUAUUUUAAACCUUGUAAUACAUAUUUUAUGAUUAUCUUAUAUUUUAUACAACAGACUUGAAGUACCAAAUAUUAACAAUAUAAAUCUCUUACAAUUAAGCCAACACAAUAGCGGCUGUUAAUUAUCUAAGUAAAUACAUUAGAUUGUGAUCAUCCUUUUAGUUUACCAUGGUAUAUACUAUAAUGUUUACUACGUGGUUACCAAUUUUAGUUUUACCAUGUACAUCUGAGGCAUUCCGGGAUGCAGUGAUAUCAUCAUCAUUAAGGAAUAGUGUCAAUAUAACUAGACUUUUAAAGUGGAGUCUCUACCAUUUUCAACAAUAUUUCAAAAAUAGAAAGAUGAAAACUGUUAUUUUCCAAACAGUUGAUAAGUUUCGUUUUAAUCAUAAUACAAGCGAAAAACUAAUCAUAAAUAGAUAACACGACUUUAUCCCAAUUUUUGUUGACCUGCUCCUGAAUUCAUACCGUAUAGUAGGAAAAUCUUUUAAAACACAAUGUAUAAAGUAAGCUGUGAUAAAAAUGUGUUAUUUUUCAUUAUUUCUGUAAAUAUUUAUUAAUUGUUCUAUUUACAGCUAUUUACAUUACCCUAUAUGUGUUAACUUAUUCUCAGUGUGUAUCUGUCUUUAACACCUACUGGAGAUCUGUAAUUAGUACAUUAAACAUCCGUCCAUUAA